ACUCUGGGUCACUUGGAGAAGGCUGUGGUUCUCGAGCUCACCUUGAAGCAUGUGAAAGCACUAACCAAUCUCAUCGAGCAGCAGCAGCAGAAAAUAAUUGCUUUGCAGAAUGGUUUACAAGCGGGUGACCUGUCAUCAAGAAACCUUGAUUCCAGCCAGGAAAUGUUUCGAUCCGGUUUCCAGAUGUGUGCCAAGGAAAUGCUGCAAUACCUGGCAAAGCACGAGAACGGCAAGGACCUGAAGUCGUCGCAGCUGGUCAGCCAUCUGCACCGAAUGGCCUCCGAGGUGCUCCAGGGCGGAGCCGGCCGCAUGGCCGGAGACAUCCCUCCUAAAAUGGUGGACUUGAAAGAGAAACCCGUCUCCUUGACCAAAGCGGCGGAGGGGCACGGGAAAAACUGCGUGCCUGUGAUCCAGAGGACAUUCGCUCACUCCAGCGGGGAGCAGAGCGGCAGCGACACAGACACGGACAGCGGGUACGGGGGAGAGCUGGAGAAAAGUGACUCCAAAUCCGAACAGCAGUAUUUCAAAAAGGAUACCGAACUCAAGUACGCUGUCCAGGAGAGAAUAAGCUCUAUUAAGCAAGAGACUGAGGACCCGCCGGCCAAAAGGAGCAGGCUGGAGUCGCCGGAGGACGAGGGCCCUUUUGGCAGCGACAUGAUGGGCGCUUCCAGCGGCUUCCUGGGCCCCCACGCUCACCAGCCUCCCUUGUGCCUGCCUUUCUAUUUGAUCCCACCCUCCGCAACAGCCUACCUGCCCAUGCUGGAGAAGUGCUGGUACCCGGCCUCCGUACCUGUCCUGUACCCCAGCCUCCCAGCCUCUGCCGCAGCACUGACGGGGUUCAUGAACCCCGAUAAAAUCUCCCCGCCUCUGCUGAUGCCCCAGAGACUCCCUUCUCCUGUACCGGCCCAUUCCCCUAUCGACUCCUCAGCUCUGCUUCAAGCUUUGAAGCAGAUUCCUCCUUUGAACUUGGAAACCAAAGACUAA